CACCAUCUCAUUAACUAUUCUUGCCAUUGUGGUAUUCCUCGUGAAGUGAGGUUACGCGAAGUGCUUCAUUACCCAUUUCUGAUUAAAGCAGCGCUAGCUAACGUAGCAGCGAGAGCUAGCAUAGUGUGCUGUUGUGUAACAUUGGACCAAAGCUAGCGUGCCAAACCGUGCUGCACGAUGUGAGGUACAUUAAAUAGCUGGUACGUGUUAAAACAACCAGGGCAAUGUAGGUAUUAAGGCAGAAUUUGAGUUGUUGCUGCGAGUUAGCUCUACUUAUAGCUAACAAGCUAACCAGGUGUAGCGUCGUCCAUUGUCCGUUCACUCUCUCACGGCUAGCACUGACAUUGUUAUCACGCUAAACCUGCUCCAUGUCCCUACUUAACGCACAACACCGCCUGACAGACAGCUGGAGAAGCUGAGGCUCUGCAGAGACUACAAAGUAGCUGGAUACCUAUUGACACUUUUGGGGAGGAUGUCUUCACCAGUAUACUACAACCAAGACAGUGUUAUUCGCUUCAAGAAAAGAAAAGCUCGCUUCUCUUUCAGUGAAGUCCACAUACUUUUGGAUGAAGUGAGGAAGCAUCGGAUGGUUGUUGUGGGCAAAUUCAAUCGUGGCGUGCAAACAGACGUGAAGAAGCGCACGUGGGCAGAGAUCACCGCACGUGUCAAUGAGAUCGGGGAGUGCCAACGGGAGGUCAUCGAGGUCAUCAAGAAAUGGUCUGAUCUGAAGUGUGACACCAAGCGGAAAGUGGCUGCCAUGCGGUCAGGGACAGUGCCCAACAGGGGCCUCAACUCUCGGCUCUCCCGAGACCUUAAUCAGACUGAGAAAAUAGUGAUGCAGAUCCUGGAGAUGGACCAGGAAGACCAGAGCUCGGCCGACUUUGGCCCGCUGGGAGAUGAUGACGAUGUGCCGGAUGAGGAGGAAGAAAUGGAUGAGGACGAUAUGAUUGGAAUGCAGAGUUCUCCUAAUGGCGCGUCUGACGUGGCUUUGCCCCCAGCAACCUCCUACGGCACGAGUGAGUGCCAAAAACGGGAAACUUCACAAUCUGCCUUCGAUGUGCAAUACGAAGUACCUGCAACGGAAGAUGCUGACGCCCCAUUCGGGGACUCGGACGAUGACCAAAGGGAUGAGGCGCCUCCUUCCACCCAAGCUUCAAAACCAACAGAGGACCGCCAAGGAAACAACGGGAUCCAGAAGCAAGGACAGCCGCAGACGUCCUCCACGGCGUCGACGUUGACGGCCAAUCUUCCAACGUCGGGUCAGCCCUCGCAGAGCACGAGGGACAGCAUUCUGCACAGUGCAUCGCUGAGCCUUCAAGAACAGCACGCCACCAACAUCCUGUUAGAGACAGUUUCACGCUCCCUGGAGCUUCUGUCCGAGUCGGUGCAGCAGCUGGCGGAGACCCAGCAGGAGUUUGUGCGUGAGUCGCUGCAGCUCCAGCGGGAGACGGUGCAGGUUCUCAGAGACUUCACGGGCGGAGCCAUCGCACUCAUGCACGACAAACUGAACGGACGGCCGGCGUUGUAGCCAAAGAGUGUCAGACAGAGAUGCUCAGUUGUACCACUGACUGCACACAUGGCCUUCAGGUGCAGGAACCAUUAAGUUCCUUCAGACUCCACUGCUGGUUACUGUACUUUUUGAUAGUACCCAACAGAUUUUCUGUUGUUCUAUUUUAAAACUGUAUUUGUAGAAACAUUGCAUCGAUUGAUUUACUGUCUGUGAGGUUACAGGAAGAUGGAUUGAGAAAAUAACCAAUGUUAGCGUUACGAAAGAACAUGUGGAGGUUUUUGCUACUGAAAGUGAGUCUCCUACCACUUAAGCUGUAAAGCAUUUUUUUUUAUAAAGCAUACACCACAUUUAAAGCCUUUACAUUCUUGUAACGUUGACAUGCAAAAAUGAAUCUUUGAUUUUUAAAAAGUUGGGUCAAAUUCGUUUGUGUGUCCUGGUAUAAGUUGUAGUUGCAUCAUUGUCUGGAGAUUAUCACAUGUACUGUAAUGGUGAGUGGAUUUCUGCACCUGGCCAUUAUAUGGUCUUAAUGUCUGGAGGCUAAACAAGGUGUGUAAGAUAUUUUUGAAAAUACCUGUAACUGAAUAAGUUGGGAUUGACUGAUUUUUAUUUUAUUUUACAUUGCCAACAUGAAUGAACACUUGAAUAUGAACGUUUCAGUAAUUUCUUUUAAAUAUGAAAUAAACCCCUCCUUUAAAAUGUA